CUCUUAUUUUGAAAAGCAAACAGGUAACCGGAAGUGUCGCAUGUUAGCUUCUCUGUGUACUGAAAGCAAACGCUGCUGCUCUUAUGACAACGUUACCGAGAGUCAUGUCCAAGUUCCGCCUGGCUGUGGUUCAGCUGCACGUGACGAGCGUCAAGAGCGAAAACCUGAGCAGAACCCGGACUUUAGUGAAGGAGGCCGCGCAGCAGGGGAGCAAAGUGGUGCUACUUCCGGAAUGUUUCAACUCUCCGUACGGAACAAAUUUCUUCUCUGAGUAUUCCGAGAAGAUUCCAGGAGAAUCCACUCGGCUGCUGUCGGAGACGGCCAAGGAGAACAAGGUGUAUGUGGUGGGAGGAUCGAUUCCUGAAGAGGAUGAUGGGAAGUUUUACAACAGCUGCACCGUGUUUGGACCUGAUGGAGAGAUGAUUCUGAAACACAGAAAGAUUCAUCUCUUUGACAUCGACGUUCCAGGAAAGAUUCGUUUCCAGGAGUCAGAGACGUUGACUCCAGGAAACACUUUGUCCAUGUUUGAAACACCGUUCUGUAAAGUGGGCGUGGGCAUUUGUUACGACAUGAGGUUUGCAGAACUCGCUCAACUCUACGGAAGAAAAGGCUGCCACCUGCUGGUCUAUCCUGGAGCGUUCAACAUGACCACGGGUCCGGCUCACUGGGAGCUGCUGCAGAGAGCCAGAGCGCUCGAUAACCAAGUUUACGUUGCUACGGCUUCACCCGCCAGAGACGAGACGGCUUCCUACGUGGCGUGGGGUCACAGCAGCGUCGUGAAUCCAUGGGGUGAAGUGAUGACGAAGGCCGGAGCACAAGAGACCGUUAUUUACGCUGACAUCGAUCUUCAGUAUUUGUCUGAUGUUCGAAAGCAGAUUCCGAUCACGUCUCAGCGUCGUCACGACAUCUACGAAGUAUCGUGUGUGAAGGAGGCGGAGUCAAGCUGAAUCAUCCUUGUUUCCAUGACGACGCAGCAUCCGCUGAUAGACACGUUUUUUUCACCAUAAAAAUUUGUGUCAUGAUGAAAAAAUAUGAAGUCAAAUGUGAAUUAGAAAUGAGAUCAUUUUAUAUCAGCAAAAUUAUUGAUAUACACAAUAUUGCAAUCAUUGGAAAAAAGGUUAUUGUGGAGAGAAAUACAUUUUUAUAUAAAAAAAUAAUCUUAUAUAAGAUGGUUCUCUUGUGGCACUUCAAACUAAACCACUAGGACUGUAUGUUGUGAGUUUGAAUAUGAUUUUACCAUCAUCAUCAUCAACCUGUGUGUGUGUGUGUCAGAAUGUAAAUAAUUCAUACGCAGAAGAAUCAGGACCACGGGAGAAAAAAGUAAGAAUUCUUAGAUUAUAUUUUGAAGAAAAAUAUUAAAACACAGAAAUAAGGAUUUUCUUCAAAUUUAAUCCAAUUCUGAAUUCUGGGGAAAAUAUUCUGAAAUCUGAGAUUCCUUUGGGGGGAAAAAAAAUCCAAAUUCUGGGGGGAAAAAAAUAAAACAAUUGUGGAAUAACUUUUUUCUUUUGUAAUGUAAAUUAUAUUUUGAGGGGGGGGAAUUGUGAAAUCUGAGAUUACAGUUUAAGAGGUAAAAUAUUUCUAAAUUCUGAGAAAAAGUUUUGCAUUCUGGGUAUUAAGAAUUAAGAAAAUUUGAAAGAAAUAAAAACUUUAACAAAAGUUUAAAUGUUGCCAUCCGUGAUUGCCUUGUUUAAUGUAGUUUAAUGUUGUUUUGUGUUUCCUGAGACAUGAGACACAUGAUGGUCUGCUGUACAUUUGUGAACAGAGAAACAGCUUCAGGUUUGUGAGUGAAAAUCUUUUAAUAAUCGCUAA